GGACUAUAAUCAAACUACGGUUGUUUUAGUUAUUGUUUAUUUAUAUUGAAGAACAUAUAGAGAUAGAAAGAGAGGGUGAAAACUGAAAAAACAGACAAAAGAGAGAAAGGGGGAAGACAAAGGCGAGCUGAUAAACUCGCUUUUUCUUCUUCUUUUUCAUAUUUCUAUUUUCAACCCACAUAAUCUUUUUGAUUCAUUUAUACAAAUUUAUCUCAAAUUUUGUAUUUUACAUAGUGGAUUUUGGACCAUAUAUUUAAUAGGAAUACUUAUUAUUUCCCUUUUUGGAGAAUAUAUCCACACACAAAGAAAGAUUCUGGUCUCCACUUGUUUAUUCGGAAAUGGAAGACGCGAAAGAUGUCAAGCAAAAUGCUCCAGAAUCCUCUCUUAAACCUGAAGUUUCCUCUCCGAACGAGGAUCAAUCACAUAUUGCAACUCAAACUAGCCAACAUGCGAAUGAAAAUGCAAAAUCCGAGACUCGGGAGCUAGCUGCGGAUGCUUCUGAGCAUGUAGAAGAGGCUUCUCACAGCUUGUCUUCAGAAAAGAGUGAGACUCAAACUUUAGUUUCAGCCUCUUCUAUUAAAUCUGAUGAACCAACUGGUUCUAAUGGUAGUGUUCACAAUCAACUAAACAAUACUUUUGAUGAACCAAAUGAUGAGAGAGAUGCUUCAUUAUUGUUAACUAGGAAAUCAAAUACAUUGGCCAUAAAUGAGGAAAAAAUAAAAGAAACUUCUGAACAUAUUCAAUCUAACCAUUCAGGAGCAGAAGCAAGUAACACUUCACUGCUUCAUUUUCAAGAUAAUUCUCCUAGUAGUACCCAAAAUGCUGUUGAUUCCCCUUCUAGUUCUCCUCUCCAAGUGACAAAACCUGGAAAUAACAAUCAUGUACAGCCAUCGGAUAACAUCGGUCAGCCCCUAGCCAAGGCCCCCCCUCUCAAAAUUAAGAUCCCGGGACCCACUGCCCAUUCUAAGCAUCCUGAAAACUUUGACAUAAACAAGGUUCAAAUCGACACAGCAGCACCAAUCGAAUCUGUGAAACAGGCAGUUUCAAAGUUUGGAGGGAUUGUCGACUGGAAGGCUCAUCGGCAACAGACAUUGGAGAGACGGAAUCUUGUUGAGCAAGAGCUAGCAAAAGUACAGGAGGAGAUCCCGUUGUAUAAGAAACAGGCGCAGGAUGCAGAAGAUACAAAACUGCUUAUUUUGAAAGAACUAGAGAGCACUAAGAGACUCAUAGAAGAGUUAAAGCUAAACCUAGAGAGAGCACAUACAGAAGAGCAACAAGCAAAACAGGAUUCAGAACUUGCCAAGCUCAGGGUAGAAGAGUUGGAGCGUGGGAUAGCUGAUGACACUAGUAUUGCUGCCAAAGCACAGCUUGAAGUUGCCAGAGCCAGGCAUGAAGCUGCAGUUUCUGAGCUUACAAAUGUGAAUUCUGAAUUAGAAGUUCUCCGUAAAGAUUAUGCUUUAUUGGUGUCUGAAAAAGAUGUUGCCGUCAAAAAAGCAGAAGAAGCUGUUUCGGCAUCAAAAGAAGUUGACAAGACAGUGGAGGAUUUGACUAUUGAGCUCAUCAACACGAAGGAAUCUUUGGAGGCUGCACACGCUGGACAUCUGGAGGCAGAGGAACACAGAAUUGGAGCAGCUAUGGCGAGAGAGCAAAAUACAUUAAACUGGGAGAAAGAACUGAAGCAGGCAGAAGAGGAGCUUGAGAGGUUAAACCAACAAAUUUUGUCUGCAAAGGAUCUUAAAGCAAAAUUAGAUACUGCUUCAGCUUUGCUACAAGAUCUCAAUGCUGAGUUGGCAGCUUAUAUGGAAUCAAAGUUGAAAGAGGAGGCUGAUGAAGAAGGGAGCUUGAAAGUAGAGCUGUUAGAGCCCGAGAAAAGAACUCAUUAUGAGAUACAAUUAGCAGUGGCAUCGGCUAAGAGAGAACUUGAAGAAGUGAAGCUCAACAUUGAGAAAGCAACAGCUGAAAUAGAAUGCCUGAAACUAGCAGCAGCUUCCUUGAAGUCUGAAUUGGAAAAGGAAAAAUCAGAACUAGCUGCCGUACAACAGAGAGAAGGAAUGGCAGCAAUUGUUGUUGCAUCUCUUGAAGCUGAGUUGAACAGGACAAAGUCAGAGAUUACCCUUUUGCGGACGAAGGAAAAAGAAGCAAGAGAAAAGAUGGUGGAGCUGCCCAAUCAACUGCAAGAGGCAGCAGAAGAGGCCGAUCGCGCAAAGUCACUUGCUCAAAUGGCUCGUGAAGAGCUGAGGAAGGCGAAGGAAGAGGCAGAGCAAGCAAAGGCAGCAGCUAGUACCAUGGAAAGUAGACUGCUUGCAGCUAAAAAAGAGAUAGAGGCUGCAAAAGCUUCAGAGAAGUUGGCACUAGCAGCUAUCACUGCUCUACAAGAGAAUGACUCAACCCGAAGCACCAACGAUGAAGUAACACUUUCUCUGAAAGAGUAUUAUGAACUCAGCAAGCAGGCCCACGAGGCAGAGGAACAAGCUAACAUGAGGGUGACUGCUGCUAUCUCCCAAAUAGAAGUAGCCAAGGAAUCAGAGUUGAGUAGUCUAAACAGGCUCGAGGAGGUUAAUUGUGAGAUGACUGAAAGAAAGGAAGCACUGGAAAUCGCACAGCAGAAGGCCGAGAAAGCCAAGGAAGGAAAAUUGGCAGCAGAGCAAGAGCUGAGGAAAUGGAGAGCGGAGCAUGAGCAAAGACGGAAAGCUGGUGUAUCUGUUCUACCAGUAAACAAAACAAGGAACCCAAGAAUGAGUGUUGGGGAGAGUAAAGAAUCAAAAACUUCUGAACAUGCACAAGAGGAUGCAGUACUUCAUCAAAGCUCAAGUCCAAAAGAAUAUGUUCAAACAACCAACACUGAAACUGAUUCAUCUCCAGAAGUGAGGAUCCCAAAGAAAAAGAAGAAGUCCUUCUUCCCGCGCAUCUUUAUGUUUCUGGGCAGAAAGAAAGCACAGGCCAAGAUUAUAGAGGGCAAUAAGUUUGUCAUAGGUUUGGCUAUCUCAAUGAGCCUUUGCCUAUUAAAGUUGUUGGCGGCUUCAAAUGUGUACUCCAGCUAGUUCUGCAAAAAGCUAGCAGCAAUUCAAAAGUUUGGCCUCCUGAAGAUAUGGGUUCAAAUGUGCAGUUAUGUUGUCCAUUUCUCAGGGAUAGUAAUACCUUCGUAAUUUGAUGUAAUUACACUCUACCUAAUUCUGUGAUUUGAAAAAUCAUCCUAAGAUCCCCUGGCUUUUAAUCUUUGUGUUGAAACCAUAUGCUAUGCCUAAUAUUUUCCCAAUUGACCAUAAUCUCUAUUACAGGUCCUGCAAUUAUUAUA